UUCGCGUGGGCGGGGCUUCGAUAUUGAGUUGAGGGCUCGCCUCGCGAACCCCGCAUCCUUAUAAAGGGGCCCCCCGAGUACCGGGGGCUCGUGCACACGAGGAGCCUGCGGUGGGAGCACGGGGACGCCAGCAAAAGCCCCCGUCAAGUCCGCUUGCUCCAGAUAAUUCGAGUGAUCCAGAAACUCCAGUGAGAGUCAGUUUUCUCCGGCUCCUCUCAAUACUUUUGCUGCUCCAGUAAAACAAAAAAAAAUCUCUUUUACUCCACCCAAAAUUUCUGCCGCUUCUUCAGCAACUCUUACCAACUCCAGCAACUUUAGUUGACCCAGCAAUUGCUCAUUAUUUGAACAAAUCUGGCGGAAAUUCCCUGCUCCUCCAGCAACGUUCGUUGCUCGCUCCAGCAGCGUUGGUGAAGAAGUCCUGCUCCUCCGGCUCCCCUCGCGGCAUCCUCUGUGCCCGCGGGAUCGACUUCUCGGGACCUCACGGGACCCCUCCCGGACCCCGCGCGGAGGGGAUGACGUCCCUCGGCGGUAGCGGAGCGACGCGCGUGGCGGUUGUCGUGUCGGCGGCUGUGCUCCUCUGCCUUCUCAUCCCCGUGCGGGUGAGGCGGGGCCCCUCCACGUCAAAGGAGGGAGAGUGCUCGGGUCAGUUCGAGCUGGAGAUCUCCUGGGUUCGCAACCCGGACGGUGAACUCCAGGACGGCGGCUGCUGCGACGGGGAUCGGGGGGACCCCCCCGCUCCGGCUUCCCCGGGCCCCGCGCCCCCGGGCGGGGAGCCCCAGGGCCGCUGCUCUACGCGGGAUGAGUGCGACACGUUCUUCCGCGGCUGCCUGCGCGAGUACCAGGCGCGCGUGCAGCCCGCGGGGGGCGCCUGCGCCUACGGGAGCGGCGCCACCUCCGUGCUGGGGGGGAACUCGUUCCGCCCGCGCGGAAGCGCCGCCAGGAUGCUCGUCACCUUCCACUUCGCCUGGCCGAGAGCCUUCACGCUCAUCCUGGAGGCCUGGGACCAGGACAACGACACCACGGCCGGCGGCAGCGAGUUGAUCGAGCGUUCGGUGCACUCGGGGAUGAUGAACCCGGGCGAGGCGUGGCGCAGUCUGCAGCACCACGGCGCCACCGCGCACUUCCAGUACCGCGUGCGCGUGCGCUGCGACGAGCACUACUACGGCGCCGCGUGCAACAAACUGUGCCGUCCGCGCGACGACUUCUUCGGGCACUACACGUGCGACGCGCACGGCGACAAGGCGUGCGUGGACGGGUGGAUGGGAGCCAGCUGCAACCAGGCGAUCUGCAAGCAGGGCUGUGACGGGGUCCACGGCUACUGCAACGUGCCUGGGGAGUGCAGGUGCCAGUACGGCUGGCAAGGAGCGCUGUGCGGGGAGUGCAUCCCCUAUCCAGGCUGCGUGCACGGCUCCUGCUCCGAGCCCUGGCAGUGCCACUGCGACACCAACUGGGGAGGCCUUCUCUGUGACAAAGACCUCAACUACUGCGGGACGCACUCGCCCUGCCUCAACGGGGGGACCUGCAUCAACCCCGAGCCGGACGAGUUCGAGUGCGUCUGUCCCGAGGGGUGGUCGGGCCGCAACUGCGAGAUCGCGGAGCAUGCCUGCCUCUCGGGGCCCUGCGCGCCCGGGGCCACGUGCGUGGAGACGCCGCACGGAUUCGAGUGUCAGUGCGGGCCUGGGUGGAGCGGAGCCACUUGCGCCGACAACGUGGAUGACUGCUCGCCGAACCCGUGCGGACGCGGCGCCACGUGCCGCGACCUCGUGGGCGGAUUCGAGUGCCUGUGCCUCCCGCAGUGGCGGGGCCGCACGUGCCAGCUCGACGCUAACGAGUGUGAACGCAGCCCCUGUGUGAAUGCUCACUCCUGCCGCAACCUCAUUGGCGGAUACUACUGCGACUGCCUCCCCGGCUGGACAGGGCACGACUGUGACACCAACAUCGACGACUGCGUCGGGCAGUGCCGGAACGGUGGCUCCUGCACGGACCUGGUGAACGGCUACCGCUGCGAGUGUCGCCCGGGAUUCUCCGGGCCUCUCUGCCAAGUCGGACCGGGGGGCGUAGUGGCUUCGGGUGAGACCGGAGCCGCAGGGGGCCCGUUAUCUCCCGGGGGGCCCGAGCCGUGCCCCUCUAGCGCGUGUUUCCACGGGGGCCGCUGUGUGUCCGAAACCGGGGGGACCUCCCGCUGCGACUGCCCCCCGGGGUUCGCUGGAGACCGCUGCCAGAAUGCCGUGGGGGUGUCCACGGGGGGCGACCCCUGCUCAUCGGCUCCGUGCCGGAACGGGGGGACUUGCACCGCGACUGGCACCGGAUUCGAGUGCUCGUGCGGAGAGGACCACGAGGGUGCGGAUUGCUCCAAGCUGCGCGACCACUGCCACACGGCUCCCUGCCAGGUGAUUGACAGUUGCACGGUGGCCGUGGCCUCCAACACGACGGCGGGGGGCGUGCGCUUCGUGUCUUCGGGGGUGUGCGGCCCCCACGGGCGCUGCGCGAGUCUCCCGGGGGGCCGCUUCAGCUGCUCCUGCCUGCAGGGCUUCACCGGCACCUACUGCCACCAGAACAUCAACGACUGCCAGCUCAACCCGUGCCACAACGGGGGCACGUGCAUCGACGGCGUGAGCGCCUUCCAGUGCGUGUGUCCCGAGGGCUGGGAGGGCGACCUCUGUCAGACCGACAUCAACGACUGCCACCCCAACCCGUGCCACAACGGCGGGCGCUGCCGCGACCUGGUCAACGACUUCCAGUGCCAGUGCCGCAACGGCUGGAAGGGGCGCACCUGCCACUCACGUGAGAGCCAGUGCGAUGAGACCGCGUGUCACAACGGCGGCACGUGCUACGACCACGGGGACUCGUUCGUGUGCCACUGCCCCCUGGGGUGGGAGGGCAGCACCUGCAGCGUGGCCAGGAACAGCAGCUGUGCGUCGAGCCCGUGCCAGAACGGGGGCACGUGCGUGGGGGGCGCCGACUCGUCCUCCUUCACCUGCGUGUGCCGCGACGGCUGGGAGGGUCCCACGUGUGCGCACAACACCAACGACUGCAACCCCCACCCCUGCUACAACGGCGGCACGUGCGUGGACGGGGACAAUUGGUACCGCUGCGAGUGCUCCCCGGGCUUCGCGGGGCCCGACUGCCGCAUCAACAUCGACGAGUGCCAGUCGAGCCCGUGCGCCGCUGGCUCCACGUGCAUGGACGAGAUCAACGCGUUCCGCUGCAUCUGUCCCCUCGGCCGCUCAGGCAGCCUCUGCCAGGAAGCCGCGCACGAGCGGCCGUGUUUCCACCACGGGCGGCUGCGGGCGCACGGCUCGCGCUGGGACGACGAGUGCAACGCGUGCGAGUGCUCGGGUGGGCUCGUCAACUGCACCAGGGUGUGGUGUGGCGAUCGCCCGUGCUCGCUGAGAGGGGGGGCACGGUGCGGCUCGCACCAGACGUGCCGCCCCGUGGGGCCGCGGGGGUGCCUGGCACCACCUUGCGCUGACUGGGGGGAGUGCUGGCCCCCGAGGGAGCCCCCGAGGGACGCGUGCCUCCCAAGUGACCCCCCACACAGCGACGCCCGCUGUUCUCGCAUCACGCUCUACUUCAACCCGGCACACAUGCAGCCGGGCCUCACGGUGGAGCAGGUGUGCUCGGAGCUGCGCUUUUCGCCGGCGCUGCGGGACCUGUCCCCCGCCCGGCCUGUCGUGCUGCUUUGUGAGGCGGCCACACCGGGGCCCGGCCAGGUCACCGUCACCGUGUCCGUGGGCAGCGUCCUGUCGGGAUCCCGCGGGGGACCAGGCCCACACGGCCCCGGGUCUCUGCGCGACGUCACGGGACAGCUUCUGGAGGCGAUCCAGCAGCUGCAGGUGAACGGCACGGCACUCAGGGCGCUGGCCGAGGUCAAGGUGGAGAUUCUGGACCGCGCACCCCGGGAACCAGGCUUCCUGCUGCCGCUGCUCGCCGUGCUCAUCGGGGUGCUGUGGCUCGCCUGCCUCCUCGCGCUCGGCCUGCUCUGGCUCUGCCGCCAGCGCCGCGCAAAGGAGCACAAGGCCUUUGUGUCCGUGCUGCCCGCCGAAGUGAGGCCUCCGGUGACCAUCGCCCCCGGCGGCCCCGGUGUCCCCCGUGCCACCGGCGUCGCCGCCGCCACCGACAGCGCCACCACCGCCACCGCCGCCGCCGCCACCUCCAACAACCAGCGACUGCCACUCGACCGCAUCAAGAACCUGAUCGCUCGGGCCGACCCAGGGGCCGCAGAGAGGCCCGCGGGAGACGCGGGCCCUGAGAAGAGGGGCGUGGGUGACCACGACCACAACCACCACGAUCACCGCCACGAUCAUAACCACGACCAUCACGACCAUCAUCACCACCACGAUGAGGAGGACGAGGAUGAGGAGAAAGUGGCCCUGAGGCCCGGGAUCCGCGGCCUGCGGCCCGACGUUCUGGCGGCCGUGGACAGGAAGUCGCGACUCCCCGCGGCGGCCACCGCCGUGGAGUACAGGGCGUCGGGGCCCGGUGUGGGGCCCGGCGGGGAGGGGCCCGGAGGCCCAGCGGCCUCCAUCAUCGCCCUGCAGCCCAAGCAGCCCAACCGGCUCGCCAAGAGGGACAACCGCGUGUGGGGGGCGCAGCGCGCCGAGGACCUUGUGUGACCCCCACACCCCACGUCUCUUGUAAUUAUGUCCUUGCUCAUAGCGUCCCCGAGUAGAUGAUGAUGAAGAUUUAAUUGACCCUGCUCCCUACCCCUGGACUGCGGAGAGGGGAGAUGGAGUGGUAAAACACUGCAGCAAACUAAUCAGAGCUGGCGUCGUGACUUGGAGGCAUGGUGUGAGCACCAGAUUGGAGGAGUGACCUUUGCCAGGACUGCACUGUCAUGGGGAUGAAGACGGCCAACAAAACUCGCGCCCCACCCACAACCAACUAGCCGACCACCCACGAGUACCAGUCCUCUCACUCACCCGAACCCUCCCUACCCUGGAGACCUACCUUCCUGUGCUUAGCCAGACCCUAUUUACUUUUCGUUCCAUUUUCAGGUUUGGUGUUAGCAGCGCAAUAUCCGUGCAGAGAUGGAUGUGGCUGGGGUUGGGGUUAAGGAUAGACCUGGGUCAGGGCUCCUGAUUGGCUGCUGUGCUGUUAUCCACAGCAAGGGGGAGCGCGUGUCCCACUGCAGCGCACGUGGCACGCGGGGUCCCCCUCUGGGGAGCGAUGCCAGCGAAGCCAGCGACCCCGUGGCCAGGCUACGUGGGGUCGGGCCAGUGUCUGGUUCUGACUGUUAUUCCUCUUUCCACUGCACAACCGAGCCAGCUCUGGCACGGCCCAGGAGGCGCCACGUUCAUCCACUGCAGGAGCCCAGCCGUGUCCCACCGACAUCACAAGCAAUGAACGAGUCGCGAGUCGAGACUCGUGCAGAUGACGCCGUGACGGUGGUUCCCCGCUGUGCGCCGACCGACUUCGCUCGCAACGACCGCGCCAUUAGCUCCGCCCCUGGCCCUGCUUGGCCUCGAGCCAGAUUCCGACGUCUUGUGACGGUCUGGUUCUGGCUGGCCACGGAAACGAGCCAGUGGAGAAUCCGCCGGCACCGCGAGGGCCCCGCGUUGACUCGGCUCAGAUGAGCCAGUGGAGAAGGGAGCAGUAGAGGGACCUGGGAGCCUGGGGUCGCGUUCUCAGAGUCGAAUCCCCGUGGUCCCAGGUCGCCGCACUCGGUGGAAAAUUUUUCGCGCUUUUGUUUUUGCACCACGUGACUGAUGUAAAAGAAAAAAUGAUUAUGUAUGGUUAUUAUUUAAUUAUUUAAAUGCAUUAGUGACAUUAGUGCAGUUAACUGCGGCCUCUAUUUAAUGCGGUUUUUUUCUAUUUAAUUUAAGAAAUGUUAUUCUCUACACUGUUAUUUGUAAAACGUUUUUAUAAAUU